AUGCCUUUUCUUUACACUCCACAAUCUAGCAAGGUGAAACGGAGGCUUAAGGCCUACCCCACGCCUACUAACACCGGACUGGAGUACUUCCUGGACGGAGGGUACGGCCAAAGGGAGCCGGACCCAGCCAGCAAUCCUCUGCCGACCCACAACACUACCCCAACAAACAUGGGAAGACGCACGCAAAGAUCACAGCCCGGCCACUCAGCCGUGCAAGCCGAUAUCGGGACCUUGCUGCAGAGGCAGGCGCAUUCCAGAAUGGCCGCCGAGGCCACACAAGCCCUGAUACCAUCCGGGUCGGAACCCCAAACACCUGUACAAACGGAGGCAGACAGUGAGUACACCCUGACACUACCACAGGCACCACCUGA